AUGCAAUUUUUGUACCGAAUGAGAGAUCUGGCUAUGCAGGGUUCGGUGCAAGACGAUUCCCUAAUUGAUUAUGUUAUAUCUGGCAUUCAAGAUUCCGAAGUGAAUAAGACUGUACUCUAUGGGGCCACCAACAUCGUAGAGUUUAAGCGCAAAUUAGAAGUAUAUGGUGUGAUAAACCAGCGAAUAUUGGUUGAAGCUAAGAAUAAUAUUAAACCACAUGGACACCGUUCCGAGCCGUAUAACCAGCUUAGACCUUCACAGCUAGUUGAUAAGUCUUUACUGCGCUGCUAUACGUGUGGGGUCAAGGGACAUCUGUCUCCAGACUGUCCAGAUGCAGCUAAGGGCAUCAAAUGUUUUGCCUGCCAGUCACAUGGACAUCGAGCAGCCGAUUGCCCAAAUGCAGGUCGGCGAAAUGAGGACGGGCCACAGAUAUAUCAAGUUAAUAGUUUGCCAGCUGAUAGCCGAAUUUUUAAGUUGGUCAAAGUCCAGGGUGUGGAUACUGCCGCACUGAUCGAUACUGGUUGUGAUAUGAAUAUCUGUCGCCGUUCAUUCAUGAUGUUGUUAUCUCAAGAAUCAGCAGUAUCUGCCAAAGUCAGGUUGAAUGGACCAGCUGGUUCCUCAUUUUACACCGAAAAAAUGUGUGCUGUAGAUUUGUCCGUGGAUGGAAAUGCGUAUCACAUAGAUUUAUAUUCUGUGUCGGAUGAUGAUGUUUUGUGUGACUUGAUUAUAGGGAGACACCUAUUCUAA